AUGUCUCAUUUAUAUAUAUUUUCUAAGCCGAAUAUUUCAUCAUCAAUUGGUAUAAAAAUUGGCAUAGAGAAUCAUAAUUUUAAAGGAAAAUCUCUCAAUAAUAACGAAAUUAUUGAGAUAUAUGCUAAUUUGUUUUAUGCCAUUUUAUUGCCUAUUCAUUCUUUUUUUACUAAGAAUAGGGGAUUUUUUGUCUUUAUUGAUCUUUCACAAAUCAAAAGAUAUACUUCGAUUGAUCUAUAA